AGUUGCGAACCAAGAAGAUGGGAUCCCUAUUGUUCUCUUUUGAGGCCACCAGUCUGAAUGGAUUGAAAUCAAGAUGGCGAUAACUUGGGGAGUACGGUUUUUGGUGUGGGGAUUUAUCUCGGCGUUUCUCUCUACGAUUACUGUAAAGUACUGCCUGACCAGUGAAGCAUCAACUCUUCUGAAAGGACUUGCAGGGGUUUUUGCCGUUGUCAUCAUCCUGUCGACCGUGGUGGCUCUCCAUAUUUCGACUCUUCAGUGUUCUGAAAGCCAUACACUGAAAACCCUACUACUGCAGUAUUUCAUGGUGAAACAAAUUGAUUUCUUCGUUCCGUUUCUCCUCUAUAAGAUGACGAAAGCCUGGAAGAAUCCCAUGCAGGCGCAAGAGAAGCUUCUUCUGAAGCUGCUUGCCCGUGAUGCGAAGACGGAGUACGGCAUGACACACGGCUUCAGCGACAUCAAAUCUCUUCAAGAGUUCCGUGAGAAGCAUCCACUCACUAAGUAUGAUCAUUAUCGAGAUUACUUCACUAGGCUGGCGGACGGGGAAAAGAACGUCUGCCUGGCGGCAGAUAUUUACCGAUUUGGAACUUCGUCUGGUACAACUGGAAAGGGCAAGCUCAUUCCCAUGGUGUUAUCGUCAAUAUCAGGCAGCUUGAUUUUUUCAGUCAUGAGAAUUGUCAAUCCGCCCAGUCCUGUCCGGAAAUUGGCCUUGUUGUAUUGUAAGCCUACUCCACAGAAGACCAAAACAGGAAUUGACAUUGCACCUGCAUUUUUUAUGCCAGACUAUGCAAAAUUCUACACGGAUAUGUUUCAGAAUACACCGUUUUGUGCAUUUCAAAUUUCCACCGAUUUCGAAGCCACCUAUGUCCACAUGCUAUUUGCCCUGACGGACAAGAACAUUUUUCAAUUUCUCGCUCCGUUUGCCUCGCAAGUCUACAGAGCAUUCGCGAUGCUUGAAGAAGAACAGGGGAUGUUCCUAGAGGAUCUGACUCUAGGAAGAGUUAACCCGAAGAUACAACUCGAUGAGGGAAUUCGACGGUCUCUGGACGCAGCUUUGACGGCAGACCCAGCUCGAGCAGAUGAACUGAGGAGGGAGUUUGCUAAAGGCUUCGUUGGCAUCGUGGGUAGAAUCUGGCCUCAUCUCCAUUAUGUCCUGACUGCCGACAUUUCAAACUUUUUUAAGAAACUUGACGCCAAAUACACAAAAGGAACUAAGCUGUUUUCUGGAGCUUAUGGUUGUACUGAAGGUUUUAUUGGCGUCAAUCUCUGGAUAGACAAACCACAGAUGGAAUAUGUACUUAUUCCAAAUGACAUCAUUGUUGAGUUCAUCCCUGAAAGUCUUGUUGACGAGGAGAAUCCGGAUACUUUGUUUAUGAAUGAGGUCGAGGUUGGUCAACGGUACGAGGUUGCGUUAACCACAUUAUCUGGGUUUUACCGUUACCGUAUGGGCGACGUGAUUGAGGUAGUCGGACACCAUGAGAAGUGUCCGCUGGUUACGGUCAAGUACAGAACUGGAGAGCUACUGAAUCUACGCAGUGAGAAGAUUGACGUACUGGUGGUCAACAAAGCCAUUCAAGAAAGCUUAGAAGGAUGGGAUGGAGCUACUCUGGUAGAGUGGACAUGCGCAGAGAGCCCACUGUUGUACGAAGAUAAAGAGUGUGAUUACGACAUGCAUUACCUGCUCUUCGUCGAGUUAGAAUCAGAAACAGACAUACACCUAUCGGCUGAUCAAAAGACACUGUUCGACAGCUCUCUACGUAAACAGCAUGAUUUCUAUGACCACUACCGGAAAGUGGGCACAAUCUGCGAGGCUCACGUCCACGUAGUGCGACCUGGAUCCUUCAAUAAGCUGAAAGAUCACAUCGUAGCGACCUCUACGGCAAGUUACAACCAGUUCAAGAUGCCCAAGAAGUUGCGCACUAGGGUGAUUCUCGACUUUAUGUUGGAUUGUGUCCUUGAAUCCGACGUGAAGAAUUAACACACUAGACACUGGUAAUUUUCAAAGAUCAGUCUUCUCACUUGGUGUAUCUCAACCUAUGCAUCAAAUAACAAACCUGUGAAAA